UCUUAUGUCUCAUCUCUCGAUUUAGUUCCUUCCUGUUUCGAUAACGGUAGUAAAAGAUGGCGGCUUUAGUAGUUCAUUCAUUGCCGAAAUCCUCAAUUGGGUCUUCUUCUUUUUGCCCGGAAUCUCUUGGGGUUCAGUUCGGCGCAAUCGCUACAGAAGGCUUUUCUCAAUUAUGCAUCCAUUAAAUCCUAGUGUAGAUGGUUGCUUCCUGUUUUACUCGGAUUCGGCUGCUUCUAGGUCUCUAGGAUAUACCUCGCUAAUGCUUUUAGCCAAAAAACCAACGAGAGAGUUAAUUCUGGGAGAUCAAGGUGGAGUUAUUGGAAUCAGAGUUAUGAACAUGCUUUCCGAACUCCAUACAAGGGUCUAAGACCAGAUUCUUGUGUUCAUCGGGGAAGUUUGAGAAAGACGCUUUAGAGUUUGGAAAACCAGUCGGAGGAUUCCAUUGAAAGCUGGAAUCUGUUCUAGAAGCUCUUCCAGCAUUUGGGUUGCUAUCACUUUCCCCUCUAAAAGCAAGGAACGACAAAGAAAUCGCCUUUUCUCAUGUCAUGCUGCUGAAAUCAAGAAGAAAAGGAAGGCAGAAGAAUCAGUUUCGUCCAGCUUUAGAAAUGAUAGCCCACUCCAUGGAGCCACCCAAUGGAGUAUCCAAAAGACAAACCAUCAAUGCUCUCCUUGGUCACGUUAUAAACCAAGACUCCCCAAGAGAGAAAUUAAAAGAAGCUGAACACAGAAAACAAUGGAGGGCAGCAGCAGUACUAAAUGGGUGGGGUGUUUGAGAGAGGUGAAGACAGUGAGCUUGGUAGCAGCUCCAAUGGUGGUUGUCAUGGUGCUGCAGUUCCUCGUGCAGUUUGUUGCAACCAUGAUGGUUGGCCACCUCGACCAGCUCUCCCUCUCCGCCGCGUCCAUCGGCUCAGCUUUCUCCCUUGUAACUGGCUUCACCGUGCUUGUUGGGAUGGCUGGUGGGCUGGAGACACUAUGUGGACAAGCUUAUGGCGCAGAGCAAUACUACAAGCUUGGAACUUACACUUACUGUGCCAUGGCAUCCAUGACCCUGGCCUGCAUCCCGAUCUCGAUCUUAUGGCUAUUCACAGACAAGCUACUCAUCCUUGCAGGCCAAGACCCUUCGAUCUCGAUCCUGGCUCGUGAGUACUCCAUCUACCUCAUCCCGGGAUUUUUUGCUUAUGCGAUGCUUCAGUCUAUGAUGCGGUACUUCCAAACCCAGAGCUUGAUCCUUCCCAUGCUCUUUGCUUCACUUGCAACAAUGUUCCUCCAUGUUCCUCUCUCUUGGUUUCUCGUCUUCAAAACGGAGUUGAGAUUUAUCGGUGCUGCAUUGGCUGUUAGUAUUUCGACUUGGGCUAAUGUGAUCUUGCUCGGGAUAUACAUGGUUUACUCCUCCAAAUGUGCCAAGACUCUGCCUAAAUUCAAGUUUAGGGAGGUGUUGUCAGGAACUGGGGAAUUCCUGCGGUUUGCUGUUCCUUCUGCCAUGAUGACCUGCCUUGAAUGGUGGUCAUAUGAUGUGCUUAUAUUGCUGGCUGGACUCUUGCCAAAUCCAAAGCUAGAAACUUCAGUGAUCUCUAUUUGCUUCUCAAUCACUUACUUGCACUACUACAUUCCUUAUGGGUUUGGAGCCACCGUAAGUACUAGGGUGUCAAACGAGUUGGGAGCAGGGCAUCCGAAGGCAGCCAAGAUGGCAGUUCAAGCUGUGAUGAUUCUCGCAGGAAUGGAACUGGCCAUUGUAAUCCUGCCUCUCUUCUUAUGUCGACACAUUUUGGGGUAUGCUUUCAGCAACGACGAGGAAAUCGUGGAUUAUGUUGCGGACAUGGCUCCUUUCAUGUGCCUCUCAGCCACCAUGGACACCUUACAAUCUGUGCUUUCAGGUGUUGUGAGGGGAAGUGGGAAGCAGAACAUGGGUGCCUUUGUGAACCUUGGGGCUUAUUAUUUUGUUGGGACACCAUUAGCUGCUAUACUGGCUUUUGUUGCGCAUUUGGGAGGGAAAGGGCUGAUAAUUGGAUUAGCAACUGGAUCAGGAAUACAAGCAGCCAUGUUUGGUAUCAGGCUGAUUCUUAUAGACUGGGAAGAGCAGGCAUUGAAAGCAAGAGAGAGGAUCUUUCAUGGAGUAGAGCUACAAGAGGGUCCUUGAUUUCGUCUAUGGAUGCUCCAAUUUUUCAUGGUGCUCAAAGGCUUCUUGUAUGAGGAAACGAGUUCCUAAAAGGUGCAAAUUUAGAGAAGUAACUUACUAGAAGGAGAUGUGGACAAAGACUAUUCAUGAUUUCUAGUGGGAUUUUACUGAAGUUCUAGAUUUUGUACCUUAAGAAAGUCCUUACAAAUUUACAAAAGUUUAUUGAGA